AUGAAAUUACAAGAAAUACAAAUGGAAAAGAAUAGGUUAUAAAAAUUUUAAAAUAGUACGCAGUAUGUAUGUUCUCAAUGGUCAAUCACAAAAAUUGUAUAAAAAAAAAAUAGAAAAAUUACUUCAGAACGUUUCCUUUUACUGCGAAAAUUAUAUUACAUAUUCCUAUGCUUUGUACUUUGCAAUAUUAUACAAAACUCCUCCAUUUUGUCACUAUACAGUAAUGCGUUUAAAGUGUAAGCUUAUAUUAUAUCACUAGAAGUUGUAAUUGUCCAAGAUUCUUCUAAUUGGAAUAUUUGAAAUGUAUAGUAAAGUACAUAAAAGUAAAAUUUAAACAGUAAAAUUAAAAGUAAAAUUAAAGUAAAAUUUAAUAGUAACAUUUAAUAUAUAUAAUGUCUUGUAUGAAUUUAAAUUAGGUCAUAAUGCGUUCCUCACCCUCCCUAUUCGUUCAGAUAUCUCUCCAACAGACCUUUUCACCUUUUCAGAAAUUAUUAAAAAAUGUUUAGAAAUAGAACAUUCUCUAUAAUUCAAGCCUUUUAAAAGUUUAUUGUUUCUAAAAACCAAGACUUCUUCGAAAAAGUUAUUUUUUCAUUAGAGUUUCGUUGGAAGGGUAUAUGAAUGCAAAUAGUGCUCAUUUCGAUUAAAAAUAAUUUUCAAAGAUAUACAAUGUAAACUUUUCAAAUAAAAACUCGAUAUUUCAUGUGAGACGACUUAAUAAAUUCAACUUUUCUAAAUAAUUAAGAUUGCAUUUUAUUUAUUCAAAGACAUAUAAAAUCUAUAGAUAAUAAACCAGAUGAUAUUGUAAAAGUAAUGUUCGAAAUUAUUGAAUUAUAAUAUCGUAAUACCUUCACUCCCUUCGCCAAUUCUCUUCUCCGUAAUUGAUCGCACUCGUCAAAUGUCACACAUACUGCUAACACUUAAUAAUUAACAAAAAAACAGCAUUAAAUUAACGAAAAUUCGUAGCGCACGAGUACUAACGAUUCAAACGCGAUUUGAAACUGAGAAUGCUAACUUGAUACAAACGGAAGUAUGCUGAUUUGACUCACUAACUUCACGUAACGCCACCAAACAGUUUCCGACUGCAUUCUUUUCCUCUUAACUCGCGAAAGAAAAUGGUAACUAAUUCUUAUUUAUGAUUUAUUUAUAAUUUCUUUUAUGAAUAAUAUAUUCUUUUAGUAUAAUAUUAUCGAAAAAUUAAAACAAAAUAUAAUUUUAUGUAAUGUAAUCAACAUUAACAGUGAUAUUAGUGAAAUAUUUAACUGCUGAAUGAUUGUUAACCAUGUGGUUGUCACAUUGUGUAUAUUUUUUAACAAGUUAUAGUUCGUAAAUGCUAGAAACAAAUUAUACGUUGAAACAUAAUGUUUUAAUUUUGAGUAUUAUGUGUUAAAGAUACUUAUGUUACAAAAUGUUUACAUUUAAGCUUUGUAUGUAUCACUGACAUUUAUACAUUAAAAGAACAAAUCAGUGCAUUGAAGAAUUAUUUAUCCAUGUGAUUAAACAUCAAUAUACCAUACAUAUCACUUUUUUUAAUUUUCAGACUUGCAAACGCAGAAAUGGUGGACGUGCCAAGCAUGGCCGUGGCCAUGUAAAUCCUGUCCGCUGUACUAAUUGUGCACGUUGUGUACCAAAAGACAAGGCAAUUAAAAAGUUUGUUAUCCGUAACAUCGUAGAAGCAGCUGCUGUCAGAGAUAUCACAGAAGCGAGCUUUUACUCUGCGUACCAACUUCCAAAGUUAUAUGCUAAAUUGCACUACUGUGUCUCCUGCGCUAUUCACUCAAAAGUAGUUCGUAACAGAUCUAAAACAAAUCGUCGUAUUAGGACACCUCCAGUUCGUAAUUUCCCCAGGGUAAUUGUCAAAGCUAUAUAGUUAUAUAUACUGUUAAUUUUAUCAUAAAUUAAUGAAUUUAUUACAUUAUGUUUUUACUUUAUUUAGGAUCUGCGUCAAGGUCAGCAAAACAGGAAAUAAAUUACUAUGUAAAUUUUAAAUAAAAUAAAACAUAAAACUGAUAUUAA